UGAGCGGUCUGAUUUUAUUUGGAUUAUGUGUCUGUGGUGCACAUUCUACAAAUGUCAAAAAAACUAAAAAUCCAAGCUUUUCACUUGAAAACUUGUUUGUCCUAUUAAUUUAGAAAAUCACAGCGAUUAAUCUAAUUGUUUUGAUUUGUCUACAUUGCUGGCGUAGGAUAUUUUACGGAGUUUACGAUGGUGGUGUUGUGUUAAAUGGUGAUAAUAUCAAGUGCGUUGUUUGGCUGACGAAGUGACAUGUACUUAUAUGUUAAGAAUUCCUAAAUAGACCUUUGAUGUCGGGGCCGUGUAUAAAAAUAACAUUGGGCUGUAGUGAACGGUCGCGCGGCGGCGCCUAAUCCCGCCUGCGCCCUCAAACCAUGGCGCCCAAGAUACUGCUGCAUAUAUCUUUGCUUGUGAUAGGUAUACAUGGAACAACAAUGAGCUCACUUGCAGCCCCUCCAUCAGACGAAAACCUCCCACCACGUCCAAAAGAGGGUGGUAUUGAGACUAAAUACUGUGAAUUCUACAACACCACUCUACCACCGCCAUGCGACCACGCCGACAACGCCACAUGUCCCCCCACUACUGUGGUCAAGGAAGAAUGCCAACCGAUCGAAACUGAUAAAAGCAACCAUUGCUUUACCCUAUGGCAGUUUGAUAACAUAACGAAUACAGCAACAGUAAAAGUAAAGGGAUGUUUCCUCGAUACUGUAGCGUGCAACGACAGAGCUUCCAGUUGCAGGCUUCACAGUAUCAAACUGCCCCUCCUCCACUGCUGCUGUGAGGGGGACAUGUGCAACGAAAAUGCGACAUUCCCUGGUCUCUCAGCUGGGGCGACUGCUCAAACAGAGUAUCCUCCAGAACGUGUUCCAGCGUCACCUCUGCCAACUCCGGAAGAUGAUACCAAAGCAGUUAUCGCCUAUACGUUAACACCUUUAUUUCUCUUGUUUGCGGUUCUAGUUGGAUGUUACUUACUGUAUCGGAAACGUAAAGGAAGCUCCUUUGCCGAGCUGGGAAGUGCAGAAGCAUCGUUAUCGAGACCUCCAUCCGCUGGAGCGGGAAUGGAAAAUGAAUCGGCAGGUUUACUUGCCCAAAUUACGUUAUGUGAAGUCCGGGCAAGAGGAAGGUUUGGUGCAGUGUGGAGAGCGAAGCUUGGCCAAAAAGAUGUGGCCGUCAAAGUGUUUCCGUUACAAGACAAGCAGUCGUGGUUGGCUGAGCAGGAAAUUUACAGACUGCCACGUAUGGACCAUCCAGAUAUCCUCCACUAUAUUGGUGUGGAUAAGAAGGGAGACAAUCUGCAGGCGGAGUACUGGCUCAUUACUGCUUAUCAUGAGAAGGGCUCGUUAUGUGACUACCUGAAAGGCCACACACUGAGUUGGUCGGAAGCGUGGCGCGUGGCCGCCAGCGUGGCCCGCGGCUUGGCACACUUGCACGAGGAGGGGGGAGGCAAGCCGGCCAUCGCGCAUCGGGACUUCAAGUCCAAGAAUGUGUUGUUGAAAGCGGACUUGACAGCGUGCGUGGCGGACUUCGGCCUGGCGCUGGUGUUCGAGGCGACGCGCGGCUGUGGCGACGCGCACGGCCAGGUCGGCACGCGGCGCUACAUGGCGCCGGAGGUGCUGGACGGCGCCAUCAACUUCACCAAGGACGCCUUCCUGAGGAUUGAUAUGUACGCCUGCGCGCUAGUGCUGUGGGAGAUUUGUUCACGCUGUGAGGAGGGCGGCAUGGAGCCGACGGCGCAGUACCGCCUGCCGCUGGAAGAGGAAGUGGGCUCGCACCCCGGCCUGGAGGAGAUGCAGGAAGCCGUGGUGCAGCGCAAGCUGCGCCCGCACAUCCCGCCGCAGUGGCGCGACCAUCCCGGCCUGUCAGUGGUAUGCGACACCAUGGAGGAGUGCUGGGACCACGACGCGGAGGCGCGCCUGUCCGCGUCCUGCGUGCUGGAGCGCGUGGCGGGCCACGCCGUGCCCGACACCGCGCCGCUGCUCAUCCACGAGCUGCCACGCGCCUGCUGACCGCGCCUCGCGUCGCCACUCGCGGCGUCGCUCGCGCCCGGCGAAGACGUGCCGCUCAUCCUGCUGUGACGCGCCGCGCCCGCACCGACGUGAGACAACUUAACCACUUCUGUAUACGGGAGCAGUUUGUUGUGGGCUCGACGUAGCAAUAGCAAGAUUUUCCUCCCAGCGGGCCGACCUGGUCCAACCGUUGUAUCUUGAAGCCACACGAUGCGUUGCGUUGGUGGUGCGGGGCCUGAGCGUUGCCGCUACGUCAUCCUACAUAGAUAUCGCUGUACCACGGCAUAGAACACCGCACCGGCGGGCCACACCGCACGCGCAACGGAUUUGGGGCCAGAGAUGAGGCGGGGAGGGGAGGGGUGGUGCGUCGCAACGCCAUACUUGCCGGAGCGCAACGCAGCGCCCGUGUGGCACACAGUACUCAAAUGCACAGCCGUGCAGCGCCGUAACGCACCGGAUACGCAUCAUGUGGAUGUAGUGUUAGGGCAACUAUGUACAUACAGUCACUUGUCUGAGAGAAAACUGAGAUUUUGAAACGCUGUAUAAAGUAUUUCACAGAUGGGGAUUACAGCUUAUUUCAGAGCAGAAAAUAUUCUAUACCUGCACAGCCUGUAGUGUACACACCAUCAUAACACUGAUGGCAUUUCAUAGAAAAGUGAAUAUGAAUAAAUAAUUUAAGUACAAGUUUCUGCAACACCCACAAAUUGCGCGCACUGUUCUGUAGAUACUUCGACAGUAUAAUUUGUACUUUCCGAGUAAACAAUAAUAAUAAUCGAUGAUGGUAGUGUAUGUUGUAAUGUGUAGAUCUUUCGGUCGUCGUGAAAGUGAAUCUUUUUCUCCAUUGUGAUAAAUCUUGGUGGAAACUAGGAGUAAGUGUGUAAUUUGCAAGCAUUGGCGAGCCGCUUUGCAACCCAUUGAGCUAUGUUGAUUACAGUUCUCCUCAUUUCCAAUUGAUCACUUGGAGAAGCUCCAAGCAUAGGUCUCUCCAUCACCCGUUGUGUGACUUUGAGUUUUCUUAUGAGGUCCAUGUGUCAUGACUGAUAAGUGGCAACACACACUGUUUGAAGAAUUUCGUCUUCAAACACUGAGGAAUUUUGGACGUUAGCAGACAUCUCGAAGCUUCCCAAACACAGCUCAGUCAAGUUGGAUUAGAGUCAGAGUUGGAUUAUUGGAUCGAAGUCGUCGUCGACGUCCACUGCUGGACAUAGUCUCUUGUAGGGACACGUCGCCAACAUCCAGCGGCCCCGUACUACUUGUUGGAAGUUGCCUGCCCAUCUAAUGGGGGUCUGCCAACGCUGCGCCUUCUGGGUGUAAGGCCUUUCUUUGUACUAGAUUUCUUUCAAAUUAAAGUGAGACCUAAAUUGUAAAAAUAUUAGGUAUAGUGCGUAUAAAAUGCUACUCACGCGCUAUUUUAACUUUGUGUUACUUGUCAAAAGUACGAUUCAUCUUUAAAAUAAGGACUUAUCCUUUGACAUGACAGUUGACCCAUAAAAUGGCGCGU